AUUUGCCUCAAUUCAUCAGAUAAUGCAGCCAUUUUACCGACAGCCGCGUACUGCUUUCUCUUUCGUUUCUUUCUAUUUUUCUGUUCUCUUCCUUGUAGCAACCAUGUUGAGUCGUAAUACCGCGUUACUGCUCUCACUUAUUGCUGCUCUAAAAAUAGCUUCUUGGUCUUGGCAAAAUUCACUUAGUAUAAACACACAUUUAAGCAAACGCUCACUCGAUGAAUUAGUGCCACAGGAAAUCAUUGAGUGCGACAAAGUACAUUUACACGAAGAUCAGUGCGCAUUUGUAUUAGAGCACUGUGCCGAUACAACGCCCGGUAUAGUCAACUAUAUUAAUUGGUACUACUGCGCGUCCGGUUCAGCUCGUCCGGUCAUACUCGUGGUCUUGUGUGCAUGGUUGUUAUUCUUGUUUGGUUUUGUGGGGAUAGCAGCGUCCGACUUUUUCUGCCCAAAUUUACAAACAAUUGCAUCUGCGCUACGUUUAUCAGAAAGUCUGACGGGUGUCACGUUUCUAGCCUUUGGCAAUGGAAGUCCGGAUUUAUUCUCAACAUUCAGCGCAAUGCAUUCCAACAUGGGUUCGUUGGCUUUAGGUGAACUUGUUGGCGCUGCGGCAUUCAUUGUCAGCGUCGUUGCUGGAUCCAUGUGUGCCAUCAAACCAUUUCGGACCAAGAAAUUGAGCUUUCUAAGAGACGUCAGUUUCUUCACUUUGGCCGUAAUAUUGAUCUUGGCGAUUGUCGCCGACGGACUGAUAUACCUGUACGAAGCCAUAAUCCUUAUUCUCUUUUAUAUCGUCUAUGUAAUUGUUGUUGUUGGUGGCAACUAUUACACAAAACGGAGAUCAACGUACCGAAAUCUUGUCGAGCGUGCACGCUCGGAAUAUGAGGAAACAGGACCAGAAGUGGAUAACCUAUUGCGAGGCAUCAAUGCUUGGGAUGAUGAAGCUACGCACGAUGAUGAGAUGGAACUGUAUGACGAAGGUUUCGAAACAGAAGGAUAUCAUAGCGACUAUAUGCGAGGUCGACGGACAAGCCAUCCGAAGUUGCGUAUCAAACCAUCGCUUUUCUCAGCCAUCGAGUUCCAAGAUGUUGUUAGAUCCUUACAGCAUGCAAACGCUCGACCGUCAGGAAGAAACCUGUAUUUCCGCCGACAUCAUCCCCAUCAACGAGAAAUUUCAACACAAUCAGACAGUAGCGUAACACACAACGUACCAUUAAGUCCACGAGGUGCAACAGCGCCAUCCGAAACGCAGGACACUUUAUCAUACCCAUCACCGAGUCGCAUCGGACAGCGCCUCCGACUUCCCAUCGAAAGGCUAGACAUAGACCUCGACGAUGUUGUAUUCCAUCUAUUCCCAUCACUUGUAAACUUUUCAGAAAAAUCCAUAUACAGCAAAAUCAGCUCCAUUAUCUCAGCACCUGUUAUCUUUGUACUAGCUAUUACCCUCCCUGUCGUCAAAGAGGAUGCUAUCCAGAGGCAGCAACAGCAAGGAAGUGUUGUCUUGGAUGACGAUGCGUUGGCCAUGCUACAAGACGCUCCAGACGAGAGCCAGGAUCCUCUGGAGAUGAACGAUUUAUCAGAAAGCACGUCCGUAUGGAGCCAGUGGAUGACGGCAACGCAAUUGAUCUGCGCUCCAUUGUUUGUCGCUGGUGUUUUUGCUGUUAAUGGCUUUGGAAACCCUGCCAUCCUCAUCCCUGUCGCAGCCGGUCUUGGAUUGAUUACCACAGUAGUAUUUAAGCUGACUACAUCACCACAACGGCAGCCCAGACUUUAUUGGAUGAUGGCCUUCUUUGGAUUUGGAAUUGCGAUGGUGUGGAUUUUUUUGAUUGCCAAUGAAGUGGUUAGCGUGCUUCAGACCAUUGGUAUGGCGUUGGGUAUCAGCGAUGCUAUUUUGGGUCUCACUGUUUUUGCACUCGGUAAUAGUUUGGGCGACUUUGUGGCUAAUGUAACCAUGGCAAAAAUGGGAUACCCCAUGAUGGCGAUGAGCGCUUGCUUCGGUGGUCCUAUGCUCAAUAUUAUGCUUGGCGUUGGCAUUGGUGCGACAUAUGUCACUUCACAGCGUAAUGAACCAUAUCCCAUCGAGCUUUCCGAAACCAUCCUAGUCUCUGCCGUUGGACUGCUGGUUGUAUUGGUGGCACUGUUAAUUCUGGUACCGUUGAACAAGUACAGAAUGUCAAGAAUACUUGGAUGUGGAUCAAUUGCUAUUUAUUUACUUUGCACAGCUAUAAAUCUGUAUAUCGAAAUAACCUCUUCGGGCUAGCUAUCUGAUUACAACAUAAUAUGCUGAAAAUAAAACAGUAUCUGUUGUAGCUACCUUGAAAGUCAAGUAUACUAAAUUGUAGUGAAUGUCGAUACUGCAUAAUAAGGAUGGAAAGAGGGUACUGGAAGAAGCUUUUGUCACAGUCACAGUUAUCGC